UACGCUUGUCAAUGUAAUUCCUACUUACUAACUAGAAAACACCACUCCGAUAUGCCACCAAAUCGAAAUAUACCUAUCAAAUUUACUAAAAUUUUCAUCAAUAAUAAAUGGGAAAAUUCUGCAAGUGGAAAAGUAUUCCCGACAAUCGAUCCUAGUACAGGUGAAAAAAUUUGUGAUGUUCAAGAAGGUGAUAAAAUUGAUAUUGAUAAGGCUGUACAAGCAGCUAAACAAGCUUUCAAAUUGGGAUCGGUAUGGAGAACUAUGGAUGCUUCAGCCAGGGGCAAGUUAUUAUACAAAUUGGCACAACUUAUAGAAAGAGAUAGAGACUAUUUAACGAAUUUAGAAAGUCUCGAUAAUGGGAAAACCUAUGCAACUGCACAAUGGGAUCUCGCAAUGACAAUUGACACAAUUUACUAUUAUGCAGGAUGCGCCGAUAAAAUUCAUGGAAAAACAAUUCCAGCGGAUGGCAAUGUCUUCAGCUUUACUAGAUUGGAACCUGUUGGUGUCUGCGGUCUAAUUCUCCCAUGGAAUGUUCCACUGAUCAUGUUAGCUAACAAAUUAGGUCCAUCGUUAGCUGUUGGAAAUACUGUUGUGGUUAAACCUGCUGAACAAACGCCUUUGACUGCUUUAUAUGUAGCUGGUUUAAUUGUUGAAGCUGGUUUUCCACCAGGAGUCGUAAAUAUUGUUCCCGGAUAUGGGCAGACAGCCGGUGCAGCUUUGACAUGUCAUUUACAUGUCAAUAAAGUUUCAUUUACAGGUUCUGUUCAGGUUGGAAGAAAGAUUCAGCAAGCAUCAGGACUGACUAACUUAAAGAGAGUGACUUUAGAACUGGGUGGUAAAAGCCCACUAGUGAUUUUUUCUGAUGCUGAUUUAAAUCUAGCUGUGGAAUUGGCCCAUCAAUCGACAUUUCUCAACCAAGGACAAAUUUGUUGUGCAGCAACUCGGAUAUUUGUUCAGGAAGGCGUAUACGAGGAAUUUGUUAAGAAAAGUCGAGAAAGAGCUUUAAAUAAAGUUGUUGGAGAUCCUUUCGAUGAAAAAAGCGAACAGGGCCCUCAAAUUGAUGAACGACAGUUCAAUAAAAUUUUGGACCUUAUUGAAUCGGGAAAGAAGGAAGGAGCAAAAUUAGAAUGUGGCGGUACAAGAUUCGGUAAUAUAGGCUAUUAUAUAAAACCAACCGUAUUUUCUAAUGUACAAGAUCAUAUGAAAAUUGCUCGAGAAGAAAUUUUCGGACCAGUACAGCAAUUAAUGAAGUUCAAAACUCUAGAAGAAGUCAUUGAAAGAGCUAACAAUACAGAAUAUGGCCUUGUAGCGGGAGUCAUAACUAAAGAUAUUAAUACUGCAAUGAUGUUUAUGCAAGGAGUAAAAGCAGGAACAGUUUGGAUAAACUGCUUCCUUGAAUUGCCUGCUCAAUGUCCUUUUGGAGGUUACAAAAUGUCAGGAAUAGGAAGAGAAAGAGGAAUAGACGCAAUGCAUGCAUUUGCAGAAAUAAAGACUGUAACAAUGAAAAUACCGCAAGCAAAUUCAUAACAUCUUCAAUUUAAUAUGUACGUUUGUACAAUAAUAAAUUUUGGAAUAUACAGUAUAUGAAUUUAAUCAAUUUAUUACUAAUUGUAGAUUAAAGUAGUCUAUACACUUUAAAAUAGUAAGUGUUAGUGAUUUAAUUUAAAUGUACCUGUUUUUAUGAAAUUACUUUUACACAAUA